AUGUCAUGCCCGUUAAGUGCUCAACUGUUUGAACUUUGCGACCCUGAAUUAUGUACAGAAAGUAUAAAGAACUCUGAGAUCACAUCGUGUUCAAACUGCCGCUAUGAAGAGUACCCCAAUUCCUCCAAAUUUUCUUCACCUGAAGAUUUGCAAAACUUUGGCGAUCUCCUGCAGGAAGAACAUGGAAUCAAUACUAACACAACAGCCACAACUCCUGCCACGACUACGAGUAACACCAUGACUGCUGGCACUAUUAACCACAACGGAAAUCAAACAACGUUCUUUGAUCCACAAGAAGAUGUCGAUAAUGACAUUUCUGCUUCGAUUGAUUUCUCUCCCUCCCCUCCAUUUUCGGUUUCCCCAUUCGUCUGUCCUCAACAAGACAACCUGUUGAUGGAUUUCCCUUCAGUGCAGCAAACAGAAAAUCAACUUCCACUGACCAAUAGCACUAACGGGCUACCAAAUUUUACUCGUGAAACUAUGUCACCGUUAAUUGGCCCUCCAUUGAUUGCCUCAGUGUUCAAACAAGAUUGCUUUUCGUCUGUGCCUCCAUAUAUUCCUUUGGACCCUGCAUCGCCUUUGUGCUCCUUCGUUGGCUCAAUGAGGCCGUACAUGCCAGAGAAUAUGACUGGCACAUUAUCUGCAGAUAGGUCAGGAAUCUUCUCGGGAAGUGUUCUAAUAAAAUCAGAUUUGCAAGCUCAAGAUCUGGAUUACCAGGCUGACAAUAACAGUGGAAUCUUUUGCUCGGAUCCAACCCAGGUGCUUAUUCCUGAGGAUACGCAGGUAUUGACAAGAUUUUACAGCACAUUAUGCUUCAUUUUGAAUAUGAAGUUUUAA